CAGGCCAGCACACUACUAGCCAGGCUACUCGCUAGCUGCCUCGGUAACCUGGCCGUGGUAAAGCGGCAGGGAGCUAAACCGGCCAAGUAAUCGCAAGGUCAGCGCUGUGCUUUGCUUUGCUUUGCGUGACCACCGCGCGUAACCGUGUAUAUAUAUGCACCUACACCCUUACUCCUGCUCUGGACCCUGCACCGAGCCGCCUUGUCCUCACCUCCCUCCCUCCCUCAACCCGCAGCACACCGCACACACACCACACUACCACGGGCUUCGUCUCCACCUCAGUCUCCUCCUCUCACCUCACUCCCUUUGUAGCGUAGCAGUAGCCCGCGUCACGCGAUCCUGCUCGUAUACGGCGCCGGUGGCUCGACCCCUUGUCCCCGUCCGCCCCGCGCCUGCAGCAAAAGGCGAUCUUUCUCCCAUCCCGCUCGGCGUGGCCGAGGCCGUAGCAAGCGGGCGAGUCGAGAGCAUGGGGAGGCCGCCGUGCUGCGACAAGGAGGGCGUCAAGAAGGGCCCCUGGACGCCGGAGGAGGACCUCGUGCUCGUCUCCUACGUCCAGGAGCACGGCCCCGGCAACUGGCGCGCCGUCCCCACCCGCACCGGCCUGAUGCGGUGCAGCAAGAGCUGCCGGCUCCGGUGGACCAACUACCUGCGCCCGGGGAUCAAGCGCGGCAACUUCACCGACCAGGAGGAGAAGCUCAUCGUCCACCUCCAGGCGCUGCUCGGCAACAGGUGGGCCGCGAUCGCCUCCUACCUCCCCGAGCGCACGGACAACGACAUCAAGAACUACUGGAACACGCACCUCAAGCGCAAGCUGCAGGCCGGGGGCGACGCGGCGGCGGCCAAGCCGGCGGCGCAGAGGCCCGCCUCCUCCUCCAAGGGCCAGUGGGAGAGGCGGCUGCAGACGGACAUCAACAUGGCCCGCCGCGCGCUGCGCGAGGCGCUCACCACGCUCGACGACAUCAAGCCGCAGCAGCCCGACGCGGCCGACGGCGUCAAUGGGCCUGCCGCGGCCGGCGCCGACAGCGGCAGCCCGGCGGCCUCGAGCUCUUCCGCCGCGUCGCUGUCCCACUGCUCGCCCUCCGCGGCUGGCCCGUACGUCCUGACCACCGCAAACAUCUCGCGGAUGCUCGACGGCUGGACCAGCACCAGCAAGGGUCGCGCCGCCGUUGCCGCGGCCGACAGCCCCUCCGGCUCGUCGGCGUCCGAGGUUUCAUACGGCAGCGGCGCGGCCGCCCGUGCGCUGGGGUCCGCGUUCGGGUACGAGAGGAAGCCGGCCGUUCUGGCGCCGGAUCAGACGCAGCUGAACGCGAUCGAGACGUGGCUGUUCGCCGACGACAACAGCAACAACGACCACCAUGGCCACGCAGGCGGCGGUUUGCUUGGCGUCCCCGGCAUGCUCCCUGCCAUGGACUACCCAUUCUAGCUAGCUCCAUCGUGCCAAGUUAAUUAAGGUCGACGAGCUCCUAGCUGCUGCGUUACUGAUGUGAGGAGUGUGUUCACUGCAUGCCCACCUAACGAAAACUACAUAGAUCCUCUAGUAGUACCUUGUUUACUUAGGAUCUGCAUAGUUUUUAUUUAGGGAAAAGAAGGGAGGUUGUGGUGGUGGUGCUCCUGUUAUUUACUGUUGUAACUGUGACUUGGUACUAUGUUCAUGGGUUUUGGGUUUUGUACUUUGAGUAGACCCGUGUUUGCAAGCUGCAAAGUGUGGCGAAUAAAGUCAGUAUGUCAAUUAGUACUGUA